AUGGCUGGUGGUUCUGAGCAGUGUGUGUCCAGUGUUUCUAGUCCACCGCAGUUCGACGAGGAGACGGACGGAGGGUUCGAGGCAGCCUUGGCUUACAAAAACACACAAAAAAGAGCAGCCGUGACUGAAGUCAGCGACCACGUCACCACAGUCAAGAUGGAUGGCACCGAACCCAGGUCCCGACUUCCGUCGUUCUCGGCGUCCAUUAGGAGUAGCGAGAUCAUACGAAACAUGAAUCCGAAGACACACAAGGACAAACUACUGUAUUGGGGGGUUUUUUUCUUUUGUUUUGCAGUGGGCUUUUGUCGCAGAGAACCUCUCACGGUGACAGGAAGGAGAAUUCAAAGAAUCAAGAUCUUGUCCGUAACACUCCUCCCCAUACUCAUUCUCUGGGGCUUCGCUGUCGGCACUUUCAACGACUUGUUGGGCGGAAAGGAAGAAGUGGAACGGGUAUGUUUUAGUGAAAGCUGCGGUCUCUAUGAAUGUUUUUUUUUUUCCUCCAUCUUUUUUCAGACUCAGUACACGGUGAAGUUUAGCGUGGAGGUUGGCAAGCUCCUCAACAGCAUCCAGCGCGAGCGGGACAUGUCGAUCCUCUACCUGAGCAUGCUGGGCCCGGGCACGAAAACGUUCCUCAUCAACGAGUACCAGCUGACGGACAAGGCGCUGGACACUCUGUCCGACUGGCCGGCCAACAGCGCCAUGGACUCGUUCUUCCACACCAAGGAAUCCUUCAGGGCCUUCCUCGACAACCACAGGCAGAUGCUGAACCCGGCCACCAUCGACAUCUUCGUCGAGAUGGACUUCUACAACAAGCUCAUCGAGAAGUUCAUGCACUGGAUGUAUGGAGCGAUCCGAGAGUCGAAGAAGACGUCGGUGUGGAAGAUCCUCGUGUCCUACCAGAAGAUCGUGACGGGCAUGGAGCAGCUGGGCAUAGAGCGCGCCCUCGGCGUCAUCUACUACGUGAAGGGCGGCUUCCCGAAUAACAGGCUGUAUGAGGAAUACAACAACAACGUGAACACGUUCAAGGCCAACUAUCGGUCGGCCGUGCUGUACUCGAAGGAGAUCGACCCGAUCUUCCAGAAGGCGAUUAUGUCCAGCGGGAAGAACCUGACGAAGAUCAUCGAGGCGUUCCGAUACGAGAUCCAGCACAACCUGGCGGUGAACUCGUCCAUCUCCAAGACUCAGUGGUGGUUCGACAACAUGACCCUCUACCUCGACACCAUCCUGGUAAUCUACACUGGCUGUUCUAGUCAACAGGUGGUGCAGUUGGACCUGGCGACGUUCAUCGACGGCCAACUUCAGGAUAUCAUCGAGUCUGAGACGAAGAUGUUGGUGGUGUACGGCGUCGUGCUCGUUCUCGUCAUCCUCAUGUGUCCCGCCGUCGUGUACUGCGUGGAGACGAUGACGUCGAGCAUCCAGCAGAUCGCAGUACACCUCGUCAGCACCACCAAGAAUCUGAUCAGGGUGAGUGAUAGUGAAAAUAACACAGCAAGUAAUAAUGCAAAUAACACAGCAAGUAAUAGGGCCACCAAGAGUCUGAUCAGGGUGAGUAAUAGUGAAAAUAACACAGCAAGUAAUAGUGAAAAUAACAUAGCACCAAGUCUGGUCAGGGUGAGUAAUAGUGAAAAUAACAGCACCAGGAAUCUGGUCAGGGAGCAGCAGAGGUUUCUGAACAUGCUCGGCUACAUGGUCCCGGUGUCUGUGUCUCGGCGACUGAGUCAUGGCGGAACUGACGUCGAGGUACAGACGUUCCAGUGCGUCACAGUGUUAGCGUCGGAGAUCUUCGGCCUCAAUCGGUUCCUGCUCAGUCGGCCACUCUCGGAAGUCACGGAGCUACUCAACGAUCUGUUCGUCUCCAUCGACAAGUCUCUGAUCGCCAAUGACAUCGUCAAGUUCGAGGCCAAUAACGAGCACUUCAUCGCCGCUUCAGGUUUCAAUUUCCGUCGUAAGGACCAAUCAGCUGGCAAUGUGGCCGACUUUGGCCUUGACCUUCUACAAAUGAUGACUACCAAGCGCUUCCUGUUGUCAGACAACCAGCGACUUCACUUCCGGAUUGCCAUUCACACAGGUCCGUGUAUUGAAGGCGUCGUUGUUUUAUUUCUACCUUUCAGGUCCGUGUAUUGGAGGCGUCAUUGUUUUAUUUCUACCUUUCAGGUCCGUGUAUUGGAGGCGUCAUUGUUUUAUUUCUACCUUUCAGGUCCGUGUAUUGGAGGUGUCGUCGGAAGCACUCGAAUGCGUUACGGCUUGUACGGCAACACCAUCAGCAUUGUGAACGAGCUACAGGAGGCUGGACUACCUGGAAAAAUCAACAUCAGUUUGUCAACUUAUAAAAUACUGAAAAAGAUUGGGAAGUAUUCCGUGAACGACAACGUCAUUGGAGGCGAUGAGCAGAGAACAUUCUGGUUGCUAGGACACAAGAACAAGGACCAAGAACAAAGCCAAGUGAACCCGCUCGAGGAAAUCGAGACUCCGGAGGGGGGACAACUCUCUACCAAUAACUGACUUCUGGACGCGAAUUAACAAUCAUCACAUUGGUGUGUGGUGGGACGUGGGCGAGGGUGGUUGUGGGGUAAGGUGGGACGAUAUUUUGUUUCAAGGGUAAAUAAUUGUCUCGUAUUUCUGAAAUUGUGGGAAGCAUUCAAAUUAUAUCUUUAACUAAUCAGUGCAGAUUUUCGAGACUUCUCAUAAUGGUUCAACCAUUGCAUGCGCUUAAAAUACAAAAACAAAUUCAUCGAUGCACAGGCAGAUUAAAGAGAGGGGACCGGGUGACGUUACUCUCCCCACCCCCUCCAAAUAAAUAAAUAAAUAAAUAAAAAUUCAAGUGUUCUUUUUAUAAACAAUUUCUUUACAGUUUUCAUUUUACAAAAGCUAAACUUUCAUUGAAGUGCCUUUUUUAUAAUUUGGUCUUUUUACUCUUGGUCUC